AUGGGCGACAUCCGCCUGUCCACCCCCACCAGCGCGUGCUUGGUGCUCCUCGCCGCUGUAGCCAGGGAGGUAUUCGCCACCGGACUCGGGAGGUGCCCCAUUUACCCGCAGUUGCCUAACUUUGACAUUACACGGAUGACCGGUACGUGGUACGAAGUAGAGAGAUCGUUCUACCUGAUGGAAAUGUCAGCCAGCUGCACGCAACUCGACGUGGGCAUUAACGAGCGCGGCCACCUGCUCAUCACGAUAAACACCAUAAACAGAUGGACAGGAGCACCGGCAACAACGUACGGACUAGGUAUACUGAGCCACACGGGCGCAUCGUCGUUCCGUUACCGGCUGAACAACCGGAUGCCAUACUUGAUUGGACGACUGUUGCCUGGCGCAGGCCAGUACAACAUUCUCGCCACAGACUAUGACCAGUUCGCGCUCGUUUGGUCGUGCACCAGCCUCAGCAUCGCUCAUUCCGACCGCAUGUGGGUGUUCGGGCGAAGGCGGGAGAUAGACGCGCACGUCCGCGCACAGAUCUACGCAGUGCUCCAGGAUCUUGAUCUAGACCCCGACCGGCUGAUCCUCUCCAAGAACAACAACUGCACGGAGGCAUACAAUAAUACUAUUUUA